CUCAAUUCCAUUUCAAUUUGCAAGGACUUCGUUCCAGCUGCUGCACAGUAUUGUCCCCAUGCCUGUCGCGGGUGCCAUGCUCCGCUGCGGGCUGCCCCUCUUGAGUCGGGUUGGGGGCGGCGGGCGCGUGUUGUCGUGGCCUGAUGCCCUGCUGGCCCGCAGCUGGAGCGGCCAGGCAGAGCAGCAUUCGCCAGCGCAGGAUGACAAGCCCAUCCCCGUGGACAUCCCUGUGCCGUUUCUGGCUCACAAUUGCGAUCCGCCCCCCCAGCACACAGAGACGAGUGGGGAGGAGCUGUUCCGCUUCUUCCGGGUGAUGAAUGUGAUGCGCCGCAUGGAGAUCGCUUCGGACCUGCUGUACAAGCAGGGCCACAUUCGCGGCUUCUGCCACCUGUACGACGGCCAGGAGGCGGUGGCAGUGGGCAUGGAGGCUGCGCUCACGUGGGAAGACCCCCUCAUUACUGCAUAUCGGGAGCACUGCAACUACCUGGGGCGUGGGGCCACCGUCACACAGGUGGUGGCAGAGCUGCUGGGGCGGCAGGCGGGGUGCAGCCGCGGGAAGGGUGGCUCCAUGCACAUGUACCACCUAGAUCACCACUACUACGGGGGAAAUGGCAUUGUGGGCACUCCCCCUCCGCUGGGCACCGGCCUGGCGUACGCGCUGCAGUAUCUUAAAAAGCCCAACGUGGCGGUGGCGAUGUACGGCGACGGCAGCGCCAACCAGGGCCAGGUGGCGGAGGCCAUGAACAUGGCGGCGCUGUGGAAGCUGCCCAUCGUGUACGUUGUCGAGAACAACCACUUCGGGAUGGGCACCUCAGAGGCGCGCGCGUCGGCGCACCACGGCUUCUACGACCGCGUGGGCUACAUCCCGGGCAUCAAGGUGGACGGCAUGUCCGUGUUCGCGGUCAAGGUCGCGGUGGCGCACGCCAAGGAGUGGUGCCUGGCUGGGCGCGGCCCAAUCCUGCUGGAGAUGGACACGUACCGCUACCACGGCCACUCCAUGUCUGACCCCGGCAGCACGUACCGCACGCGCGACGAGAUCCAGGGCGUGCGCCGCGAGCGCGACCCCAUCGACCUCGUGCACAAGCUCAUCACCAAGGAGGGGCUGGCCACGGCGGAGGAGCUGAAGGCGCUGGCCAAGGAGUGCCGUGCGGAGGUGGACGCGGCGGUCAAGGAGAGCGAGGCCAGCCCGGAGCCCGAGGAGGCCGAGCUCUUCACACACGUCUACAGAGCGGACACGGGAGUGGAGAUGUUUGGCGCCGACCGGCACGCCAGCCGGUUGCAGCGCAACUAGGCCGGGCGCCACGGCGAGUGCCGGUGGAUACGCCUCUAGCAGGAGAGGAGGGAGCCGGAGAGAACCCGGAGAGGUCGAGAGGAAAGAUGAGGCUCGCCCAUAUGUGCACGCUCAAGCUCGCUACACAGAACCGCACGCCUGGGGAGCAAACUCGCUCCGACUUUGUACACUAUGAAUGCUCAAACAUAUGUUAGACAGAGCUGUCCGUACAGACUUUUAGUUCCAUUAGCGGCAGAAGGCUGGGGUUACAAGCGAUUGAAAAUUCAGAUACGUCUGUAGACUACGCUUUUGGGCUUUGUUGCAAAUGAUAAACACAGACCAUGCGCAAAUCCCAGGCCUUUUUGUGAUGGUCCGCCUUUUAGUUGUACAAUUGAAUCUGCAAACCUGAUUGGAAACCAAUUGAAUCAUGCUGGCUCCAUAUCGCUUACAGAUAUCGCUUACAGGCCGCUUCGCUGGCGUCUUUAGCGAGCACUAUUCAUUUGCCGCGUUUGAAUAAUCGAG